AUGGAUAUCAAAUCAGUUGAUUUGGUAUCCUAUCUGUUCUCAAAUCCUCUCAACACACCCCUGGACCGUCCUUUGUACAUCGACGCUAUUUCAGGAAAGCAAUAUACUCUUGGAGAUGUGAUUCAACGCACACGCUCUCUAUCCAACGGCCUUCGGCAAAGCAUUGGCGUUGAGCCCAACGAUGUUGUAGCAUUGCUGAGUCCCAACACAAUCGAUUACCCUGUGGUAUGCCAUGCAAUUAUCGGCUCCAGGGCUAUCGUUUCUCCAACCAGUGCAGCUUUGACCGCACUUGAGUUGAAUGCUCAACUCAAGACUAGCGGGGCAAGAUUCAUCAUUGUCCAUUCAUCUUUGCUGGAGACUGCCCAAAAAGCAGCACAGGGAACAUCCAUUGAGAAGAUCGUCUUGAUAGAUGGCCAAUCGCCAGUUAAUGGUCAACCUACAUGCAAUCAUCUCGCCAGCACAUUUGCCCCCGAUGAUUUCCUCGCUAUAGAUCCGUCCGAGGCAGAUAACCAACCGGCAUUCAUCUGCUUUUCAUCUGGAACAUCAGGCGCAGCCAAGGGUGUCGUUACAACACACAAGAAUAUCACCUCAAAUAUCCAGCAAUGGCGUCACUAUCUAGACGGUGGUCUUCCCUCCCAGCGACCAGCAAGAAAAUCCGCCGUUGCAUUCUUGCCAUUCAGCCAUAUCUAUGGAUUCAACCUGUUCAUGUGUCAGUGUUUGAUGUGGGGUACAACAGUGGCCGUCAUGACAAAAUUCGACCUCGAUCUGUACCUCAGUUGCAUUCAGAAAUACCGACCAGACGAGUUGUCAUUGGUGCCACCCAUUGCUCUGCUGUUGGUCAAAGAUCCACGGGUCUCCAAGUACGAUCUAAGCAGCGUGCGCAAGAUCAUGUCCGCCGCUGCACCUUUGACAAUCGAACUAGCCUCCGCGCUCGAGGCCAAGCUCACGGCCAUUGCCAAGACAGAGCGGAAUACGGGCGUGGGCUGUCUUGCCCCGAACAUGCAGCUCCGCUUUGUGGAUCCCGAGUCCAUGAAAGACGCAGCUGUCAAAGUUGACGGGUCCACAGAGGCUGCGGAGAUCUGGUGCCGUGGUCCGAACGUCGUGGGCGGCUAUUACAACAACGACAAAGCAACGGAAGAGUCAUACCACGUGGACGAAGAUGGGACGAGGUGGUUCCGCACGGGUGAUAUCGGCACCAUCGAUAGAGAUGGGUAUGUCGCCAUCCUGGAUCGCAUCAAGGAAAUGAUCAAGUACAAGGGACUGCAGGUCAUCCCUAGCGAGCUGGAGGGAAAGCUCGUCGACCACCCUGAUGUGGAGGAUGCGGCUGUGACUGGAAUGUGGGUGGAGGACAGGGCCACUGAGCUCCCGGUUGGCUUUGUGGUUUUGAGUCGCCAAGCUAAGGACCGGGAUCAGAAGGCUGUUCUUGAUGGGAUCCACGCUUGGCUGAAUGAGCGCGUUUCCAACCACAAGCGUCUGCGGGGGGGCAUCCAAGUCUUGUCGCAAAUUCCCAAGUCGCCAAGUGGAAAGAUCCUACGUAGGGAGCUGAGAGAUCUACUGAAGAGUCAAGUGCCUAAAGCUCGUCUGUGA